GUAUCCCACAUCAUCCAUCAGCAUGGCCGCUCACUAGCUUGUAGGAUAUUGUCUCUGUUUGCCAUACGUUUCACCAACUAUUAUUGCUCCUCUCGCCUCUGAUUUCAUCUCAGCUGGAAUAUAACUCCAAUUCUCGUAGUUGACGUGAAGUGAGAGGCUAGAACUGUAAGGAUGGCGCAAGUUCCCAUGCGCAUGGCUCAGCCUGGUCUGGUACCUCCCCAUCAACAACGACCUCCCAUGAUGGUCUCCAUGACACAACCUCCACCUGUUUCAAUGCAAGGUUUGGUGAGCAUGGCGCCCAUGAUGGCUCCUGCUGGUGGGAUGGCUGUCAUGACCCAGGCCAUGAGUCACCCAGAGUCUGGUGUUGGUCCUGAUCACCAUAGCCUGAAUACUCCCUAUCAUCACCAUCCUCCUCAUCAUCAUCAUGCCCCUCCUACUGCUCACCACCCAGGGCCACCACCUCAUCAUCCCAGUGGACCUCCACAGCCACCUCCAACGGGGCCUCCCCCGCACACAGGCCCUCCUCACUCUCAGUAUCAUCCAGCACAUCACCCUGCACAGGCUCCACAUCAUGGACCUCAUCCCUCUCAUGCUCCACAUCACGGCCCACAUCAUUCAGCCCCACAUUCGGGGCCUCCUCACUCAGGUCCUCAUUCUGGGCCACAUGGAGGACCUCAUUCAGGACCACAUGGUGGCCCUCAUGGUGGACCUCAUGGUGGACCUCAUGGAGGCCCACAUGGAGGCCCUCAUGGAGGGCCCCAUGGUGGCCCACAUACUCAUGGUGGGCCUCAUUCUGGCCCUCACAUGGGGCAACAUACUGGAAAUAGUGCAAGUGGAGGACAUGGUGGAGCUCACAGCGGUCCCCAUGGAGGUCAUCACAGCGGUCCCUCACACCCUCAGCCUCAUUUGCAACCAGCUGCAGCUGGUCCUCCCCAUAUGACACAUCCUCCACACUCCAUCUUACAUCAUUCAAGUCCUCAUCAGACCUUACAGAUUAGCGGGAUGGGUAGUGGAGGGCCAAGUGGUAUGGGAACCUCACCUAGUAAUACUCAUCACCAACAACAGCAGCAGCAACAACAGCAGCAACAGCAGCAACAACAACAACAACAACAGCAGCAGCCACCCCCUCCACAGCCAUCACACCAUUCACAGAUGCAUCAACCCAUGCCCCAAGCAUUACAACACCAGCAACCCCAGCCACCACAGCAGCCACAACAACAGCAACCUCCACAACAACAGCAGCAGCCACCUCCCACACAGCAACAACAGUUACAACAGCCGCAGCAGGACAUAGUUACCAAUGGUGGUAUUGUUGUAGGAAUGAACUCCGCAAAUAAUAAUGUUGGUGUUAAUGUUGGUGGAUCUUCCCCUACAAAUAAUGCUUCAGUUCCAACACCUGGUUGUGUAUCUAGUUCAGAUCCUUCAGGCUCCAAUAAAGAAAAAACUCCAAUGUGUCUCAUCAAUGAGCUUGCCAGAUAUAAUAAGAUCCAACAUCAAUAUUGUCUGACUGACGAAAAAGGUCCCGCCCACAAGAAAACUUUCACUGUCACCUUGAGAUUAGGAGAAAGUGAAGAGUACACUGCCUCUGGUCCAAGCAUUAAAAAAGCUCAACACUCUGCUGCUGCCAUUGCACUUGAGAAGACCCAGUUUAAACAUCCUCCCCCUAAAACUCAGAGACAAAACAAACAGACAAAAUUAACACCAACAGUAGAACUGAAUGCCUUGGCAAUGAAACGUGGAGAAGCUGCAAGUUAUACGUUCAUGGAAACACCACGGCCACCAAAUCCAUACUUCAAUAUGCCUCCUAACAUACGUGCCAUGUACAACCAGAAAUAUUAUGGUAGGGCUCCGUUAUACCCCAUCUUUUUUGUGACAUUGAGAGUGGGUACUAGGGAAUUUGUUGGAGAAGGGACAACUGCUCAACAAGCUAAGCACAAUGCAGCAUCAAAAGCCUUGAAAAUGAUGAAGACAUUACCAAUGCCUGAAAAUGCUACAACAUGCACACAAGGAGAUUUAUCUGACCUUGAUCCAAAUGCAGAUUUGAAGUCACCAAUUUCACUGGUUCAUGAAAUAGCACUAAAACGAAACCUAACUGUUGCUUUUGAAGUUAUACGUGAAUCAGGACCACCUCAUAUGCGUACAUUUGUCACUGUUUGUAUGGUGGGAGAAUAUAGAACUGAGGGUGAAGGCACUGGGAAAAAGGUGAGUAAGAAGAGGGCUGCUGAGCUGAUGUUAGAAGAACUGCGAAAGUUACCAGCAUUGCCUCCAACCACUUUAGUACGUGUCAAGCGUAAACCCACUACCAAGAAGAAGAGUCGAAACCUCAUCAAGGUGGGUCAAGAGGAACAAAAGGCAGCACCAGAAUAUGGUCAAGGAAUCAAUCCUAUUUCUAGACUUAUCCAAAUUCAACAAGCAAAGAAAGAAAAAGAACCAGUAUAUACACUUCUUGCCGAACGUGGUGUUCCUCGUAGAAGAGAAUUUAUCAUGCAGGUAACAGUUGGUAACCAAAGUGCUCAAGGUAGUGGACCAAACAAGAAAUUAGCAAAGAGGGCUGCUGCUGAAAAUAUGUUACAACUGUUAGGUUAUUCUAGACCUCAGCCUCAACCUGGAAAGCCUGCUAUCAAGACAGAUGGUGCUCAUUCAGAUCCUGAUAAGACACGGAAGGUUACCUUUUUGGAAGAUGGCGGAGAGCAGCGUGGGUCAGAUGCUGCAGUGGUAGGUGGUGUCAAUAAUAUAAACCAAAUGGGAGGACCAGCUGUUGGUGGAGGUAGACAGUUGGUGCCAGGGCUUAUCAUGAUGCCAGAUGGUUCUGCUCUCCAUGGCUUCCAGCAAGUUCAGCCACAAGGCAUGGGUAUGGUAAAUGUUGGACCAAUGGUGAACAUGCAAGCUACAGCUACCAUUGCUAAGGAGUUACUUAAUUCAGGUAACUCUCCUACAGCAGAGGCCAUGGUAAAACAGAAUCCAUCUAGUGGAGCGCAAGGCCCACCACAGGGCCACCCAGGAAGCAACCAGCCACCCAACAUGCAGUCUCCCCAGCAACAACAACAGCAGCUCUCUAUGUCUACCCAGCAGCAACAACAGCAACAGCAACAGCAAGCACCCCCUCAACAGCAGGUGCCAUCUCAACAACAGACUCCACCACAACAAAAUAUGGUUAAUCAGUAUAAUGACAAAGGUUUAGAACUUCAGAAUACAACUGUAUCUUCUACAACACAGGCAGUGCGUCCCAAGGAUCAACUGAUGUAUUUGGCACAAAUUUUAGGUUUGCAAGUUCAGUUCACUGAUUUUCCAAAGGGUAACAAGAGUGAAUAUCUUAGUUUGGUGUCUUUAUCUACUAACCCUCCCCAUGUUUCACAUGGAGCUGGCCCUACUAUUGAUGACUCCCAUGACCAGGCUUGUUUGACUGCACUGAGAGCUUUAGCCAAGAUGGGAUUGGAUACUGUAACAGCAGCUAAGCAAGACUAAAGCCCAGCAGAUAUCACUCAGCAGGAGGAUAACGGCAGUGCAAACCUUCAAAGUCAUAAUUCAAUAAGGGUCAUUUUCCAAUAUUUGUACUUUCUGCAAAUGGGCCUAAUUGAUAAUGCAAGCUUUUAUAUGAAGAUUGUAAUAACAAUUUUUGAAACUGAGUGGGAGAAUUGUAAGGCAAAUCAGAGAGAAAGAGAAUUAGAAUAAGUUCAAGAAUUUUUAUGACCAUCUUCAUAUUGGUACAUAUUUUUUAAGACUGCAGAAGUUUUGCACCAAAGCAACAAUCUGGCUUUAAGGUUGAGUUUCAUACUAUAUGUGAUGAGGAACUCAACUUUAGAGAUUUCAUAGUUGAUGUAAUCUUCCUAUUUUUUUACUUUAAGCUUUCAGACAGUUUUUGAGUAUGGCAUAAUGUGAGUCUUAAGGUUAAAAUUUUUGCAUGGCUGAGGUAAUAAUUUUUGGUAGUGAAUAUGCAUAUACGUAUUAAUGAUUUAGCUUUUUUAUUAUCUCACUACUGCUAACUCGCCAUAUACCUCACUGUCUUCCUCCUUGAUAUAUUUUGACUUUUUGUAUUUUUUUUAUAUUGUACCUUUGAAGAGAUUAGAAUUGAUAAUGGAAGAAAGUGAGUGAUAACCAUGUAUAUUAUCUUAUUGAGUGCAAGUAUGGCAAACAGAUGAUGAACUGAGCUUUAAAGUGUUUUCACUUAGCUCAUUUUUUUCCUUAUUAAGCAAAAGAAGAAUAAAUUACAAGAAUAUAAAUGUGUGCCUCCUGCAGGCGUAGUGUGCCAAUGCUGGUUAUCUGGUCAUGCUGUUGGAGUGAGAAGUGCUUGAGGGAGGGAAGAAUAUACUACAUCCCUUGAUGCAUUCUAAUUCUCCUACCCUCCCUCGGUCACUUCUGCCAUCUUGGUUUGGUAGUGGACAAGAACUGCCCUUUGACCACAGGUGCUGUGCUGGAUAGCUUAUAUUAUUAGUUUUUGUCUUUUUGUCACACACUUACACAUGCUGAUGUUCAACGAUGCGUAAUUAUUACAGUGCUCAUUAUUAAUUGUGUGAUGGUUUUUCUAAUUUUCUCUACAAUGUACAUAUCCAGACACUGCUAAUGGACAGAACCAAAGGGAAAGCAAUAAUAAUAAGUAUGGAUAUAAUUGCAAUGCAUUACUGAAUAAUAGUACUAGACUUUUGAACUGUAUGUAUCAUUGCAUUGUAAAAUUAUAUUGAUUUGGAUUUUGAUUUCAGUGAAGCAUCAGUAUUGUAUUUUGGGUGAUAGUAUAACUACUGAAUAUCAGCACUGACGUAGAAUCCUCACAGCGAUCUGCCUAAUCUUCUGUGUAAAUCACCAACAGUGUAUCUCAUGCACUGCAUACUGGGCUGGAAUUUUAAAACAAACUUUUGCAGUAGUGGAAACAAUUCUAUAGUUAUGUAUGUUAGUGUUGCAACAGCUGAUGGUAAUAAGAGGAGUGAUUGCUCAACUGCUUAAUUAUCUGCAAAGUAAGUUUCGUUUUAAAACUCCAUUGGUUUAGUAUCUUGAGCAGUACCAUUCUAAGCUCUGUCUUUCCCAACAGAACCAGAUAUGAAAUGUGGAGCAGGAGAGUGUUAUUUGCCAAAACCCCCUUUUUAGGAAGAGCCCAUGUGCUAAUAGAACAAUAACCUAUAUGUAAUGUAGCCUUAACCCAUUAGUUAUCGGGAGCUGUAAUUUGUUAGCAAAAAUUUCUGCUUAUGAUGACGGAAGGGUUGAAUGGCAGUGGCAGGUAACACUUUUGUGCUUCAUAGACAUCAUUAAUGCGACUGACUAUAAUUUGACUACAUAUGAAGACAACAAGAUUCAUUGCCUGAGAUGGCAGCCAAUUCUGGCUCAAGUACCUACCUGUUGGUGUGGUCAAGUGAAUGGUCUUGGAAGAUUAAGGUUGUAGCUCUUGGGGUCUAGAAAACUGGUGUUUGAAAGCUGUAAUGGACACAUUUAAGUCUCUUUACAGAUCUUUAGUAUCAGGAUACUGAACAGAUAGGAAAAUAGAUUGCAUACAAAUUUUAAUAACUGGAAAGUAUUUGGGAAUGUUCACUUAGAUAUGUGAAUGCAUGAAGGACAGUUUUCAGUCACACUGACGUAAGAUUAGAUCAGAAAUAUCAUAAUCUGUAAAUUGGAAUGGGUAUAAACUUCCAGUAGGUGGUCAUGUACACUUUAGUCAUGGAAAAUGUUAACACAUUGUUUUUACUUAACCACACCAUCAGGGCAUCAGCUAUUUUGGCUGGUAAAUGUGAUGUGUCCCUCAGUUUGAGUGUUGCCAAGAGUUACUGUAAGGUUCUCUAUCCCCCUCAUUAUAUAAAUGGAAAGUGAAUCUUAUUGACGUGCAAAGCAAGGAAUGACAGGUCAGGUCAGGUUACAUGUUAUGAUGACAUGAACAUUUGUGAUGUUGCUGUGAAUGUCUUGGUGUGUUGAAUGUAAUUUGGCACUGGCAUAAAGGCUUUCAGCCAUAUUACAAAUGCUACCACUUGACCUCGUAUGUAGAAGUACCUUUUAAUAUAUAUGUAUAUUCAAAGUGUGCUCUUCUAUUUUCAUCAUUGUUGAUGCUUAGAAGUUCCCUUUAAUAGACAUAUACUGUAUACCUUGUAAUAUAUAUAUAUUAAAGCAAUAUGUAUAUAUAUAUUUAAAAGGUGUUCUUCAACAAGUGUAUCCCAUAAUAAUUCAUUCAAAGUGUUUUCUUCUAUUUUCAUCAUGGUUGAUGCGUAGAAGUACCCUAUAAUAGUACCAUGUAAUUAUAUAUAUAAAUAUAUAUAAAUAUGUAUAUAUAUUAUAUAAAGUAUAUUCUAAGACAUAGUUAAUAUGGAAAUUUUUCAUUUUUCAGCACAUUAAUGUAGUACAUACUUAUUUAAAGUGUCCCUUGUUGCUAUGCCUAGAAAUACCCCCGUGAUACAUAUACUUACCCAGCAAUAUGUAUAUAUAUAUUUAUAUAUAUUUAAAAUGUGUUCUUAUAUUUUGAUCAAGGUUGAUGGUUCAGACUUUACCUUUGUAUUUUUUUCUUUUUUUUUCAUUAAUACUAUAUAUUUAGAAGGUAGGGAUUUAUAUCUAGUGGAUGUGCUUUGAAACUGCUUUUGGUGAACAGUAUUGCAAUGUUUACUGAGUCAUUAUUUUAUUGCUUGCAAUUUAGGAUUACUGUUUAGAUGCUUGAGUAUUUUUGACUUUGCUGUUGUCUUCAUGUCUAUUCAUUUAGAAUAUUUGAGGUUUCCUGGGGUGUGAAGAUGGUGGAGCAUUUCAUGGGUGGUUUUAGCCAUUCUCAGUGUUUAUUUGUAUACCCUUGAGACUCGUGUACAGCUGUUUAAAUUGCAUUUUGUUGGCUUUAAGGAUAAAUGAUAUCUCCUGUUGUUUGCCAGUGGUAUGCAUUAUAAAGGAGGAUGUCAAGAUUUGCAGAAUGUAUAUUUCUUAAAACCAAAUGGAAACCAAUACAGUACACUUGUCAUGAGCACAGUUAAAUGGCAAUUAGGUUUAAUACAUAACACAUUUUAAUGGAGGUUCUCUACAGAACAGUGUUUAAGACCUAACAACUGCAAACAUUUCAUUAAUUGGUUUUGUGUAGAUAAGGGGCCUUAUUUUUUAUUUUCUCAUCUAAUACAAAAUCAAGUUGACUCAUAUUUAGAUUGUAUAUAAAAAUUAUUACUAUAUUAAUAAUUAUUGUACUAUCAUACUUGAUUUCUUUUACACUUGCCUCUAAAUUGAAUAUUGCUUUUGGGUCAGUAUAUAAUAGACCACAAUGAAUGUACAAUGAUUACUUGUAUCUUAGAAGACAUUUCUCAUUUCUGGGAGGUAAUUAAUUAAAGCACUAAGAAUUUUGAGCAACCUUUCAGCUUUGCUCAGGAUUGAAUUUUUUUGGUAUACAGGCAUGCUUCAUUUUUAACAAUCUUGAGACAUGUCCACCAACAUGUUAUGUAUCAGUAGUUAGUUUUUAAUAUUUUGACAUCCUGUGUGGUGUUCUUUACAGUUACAAACAAGGAAACAUUUUUGAGUUGUAUAUAUUUUUAGAAGGUUUUAUCAGCAGCAGGUAUUACACUUAUUGCAUAAAGGUUUUUGCAUUUUUGAGAACUCUCAUGAACAUCAUAAACCAUGUACCACAUUUUGCCAUCAUUAGACUACCACCCCACCCCACCCCACCCCCACCUCCACCCCAGCUUCACCUCAAGGGAUGAUCUUGAUAGAGUCAUAGUGAAUCUUGGUGAGGAACAAAUUCCACAUCUGUUAUUCUUAUUGUAGCUAAAUGAUUAUUGCACAAUGCUUCCUGGUUGAAGCCAUAUUUAGCUUGAGUACCUAUACGAUUAUCUGUGUUUUUUUUUUUAGAAGACAUUGUUCUGUUUGACUAUGAAUUUCCUUCCUAAACUUUAGUUGUAUUGUAAUUUAGGUAAUUAUUAUGUCAUUAUUGUUUUUUCAGUCAGAGAAAGACUUCAUAUUUUGUUAAAGGACUGAGGAAUCCUCUUUCAAGUAUUUUUGUAGGUGUUAAGAUUAUUGCAUUUGUUCAAGUGAGCAUUUUGUUAUUAAGAUUCCAGUACAGGUUUGCCUCUUUUGUAUCUUGUUCGUUAUUUUUAGGAUGUAUCAUAGGUGUGGUAAACAGGCUGAAUUAUUUAUGGCUGAGAGGGUAUUGAUAUUUCUUUUUACUGCAUAUUACAAAUUUUACCUUUUGGAGACAUUAAAAUCUCAAAUUCUGAAUCCUGUCCUACAUGUUAAAUAGUUAUAGUUUUUCAGUGAAUGAAGGAUCAUUUAAUUUUUUACUGUAAUUCAUAUGGAAAGCAGACAUGAAAAUAUUAGAUCUCAUGGGGUUAGAUUUAAUAUUUUAAUGUAUGAAUUUGAUCUGUACUUAAUGUAUGUUUCUGUUGGUGUCUUUUUGAUUUUGCACAUAGUCUUUUUUUUUAGAAAAUACAUUUAUAUACUUAUUGAUGUUGACAUUUCUGUGAUUGUUUAAACAAUGUUUAAUGGCAUCAGUAUACUGUCAAGUGUAAGGUCACGGAAAGCUACAAAGAAUACAAAUUGAAUUUAUGUCCUCUCUAAUCUGACUCUGUUUUGAUCAAACUCCACAAUAAAAGGUUGAUCUGA